AUGCCGGGGUUCGCGGACUCCUUCUGGUCCAACGACUAUGCGGGGGGACUGGGUGUGCUGUUUGGCAAGCUGCAACAAGGUGUCAUGGAAAACCGACAAAUAUUGACCCUCGCGAGACUGCGAGCCGAAGCCGAAGACGUUUACGGCCAGCGUCUUGGAGACAUUGCCCCCGCCGUUGACAAGGUUUCGGGUGGCUUCUCUCGAGAUGACGGCGCCACUGUCCGCAAGGCCUAUGAUGGCAUGCGAACCGAGAUGCAGGACGCUGCCAAAAGCCACCAACGUAUUGCGCAAAACAUCCGCGACCUCGUUGUUAACCCCUUCGCUCGUUGGUGCGACGCGCACGAAGCCCGCAUUCAGGAUUCGCAGGACGAUCUACAAGCGCGCACGAAAGCGCACGACCGACAGGCCGAGACGGUCAAGAAGUUGCGCUCCAACUACUUCAACAAAUGCCGCCUUGUCGAAGAUCUCGAGGAGGAGAACAAACUCGCUUUCCAGGAACCUGAGUUGAGCCCUAAGAACGGAACCCAGAUCCCGGAAAUCAAAGUUCAGCCGCAUAAAGAGGAGGAAAGCCGUGACGAUGAUGAGGUUUACGAGAUUGGCGACGAGAUCUAUCAGCCCGAUCAGCUCAAGAAGAUUCUCUCUCAUAUGCUCUCUAAUAUUAAGAUGGGAGAGACAAAAGUACCAAUUCUUGGCACGUAUCUCAACACCUCAGCUGGCUCUGAUAUUGUUGAAUAUCUUCAACGCAGCAUGGCCACUAGCAGCAUCAGCUAUGCUGAGCGCAUUGGCCAAGACCUCAUCUCCAACGGCUUGCUUCGCCUGAUCGGAAAUGUCGGUAGCACCUUUGCCAACAGCUCGAAAAUGUUUUAUCAAUGGCGUCCAAAGGCAUUCCGCUUGGCUGGCGUCCCGGAGAAGAAGCAAACGCUCAACCGCACCUUCUCGAUACCUAUCUCUGAGUCAAGUGACUCCCCUGUUGUAGGAACUGUUAGCGAAUACCUUGCCAACUGGAACGUGCUCAACAACGCUCAUCCAAACGAGACACCUGCGCAGCGACUACAAAGGGAAGCGAAAGAAUCAGACGAAAAAUACAAAUCCGCUGUCAAGAAGCUUGAUCAGUUGAGAUGUGACCUGGAGCAAUCCAUCUUCCUCCACCUCAAGUUUCUUGAGCAGUGUGAGCUCGAUCGCCUCAAGGCUAUCAAGACUGUCAUUCUUGACUUCUCUGGCACCAUUAGCAACGUUAUUCCCAGCCUCCAGUCCACGGUCGACAAGAUGAUGCUGUUCCAAGAGACCGUCCAGCCUCUGGGAGAUCUACGAUACCUCCUCGAGACCUAUCGCACAGGUGGCUUUGUGCCUCGCGUAGCAGUCUACGAGAACUACUACAACAAGGUUGAUGACCAGAUCUUUGGCGUGGACCUAGAGGCCCGCGCCCGCGCCGACAAGAAACGCGUUCCCGUCAUCGUCACAGCGAUCCUAACAUAUCUUGACCACCACUAUCCUGAUCUUGAGGGCGAUGAAGCGAGAAGAGGUGUUUGGCUCGUGGAUGUUCCCCUAGCGCAGACGCACCGACUUCGAGCAAAGCUGAAUAAUGACGGCGCAGUCUCCCAGGAGCUUUUUAGCGACUUUGACAUCCCCACGGUGGCCAGUUUGCUCAAACUCUACCUUCUCGAACUCCCUGACUCUCUUGUAUCUACCCAUGUUUACGAAAUUGUGCGCACCAUCUACACCACGCCGGCCACUGAAGGCGCUGAGGCAUCCCGCAUUGCUGUUCUGCAACAAACACUUUCACAGCUCAGACUGUCCAACAUUGCAACGCUCGAUGCCUGCAUGAACCACUUCACUCGACUGAUUGACUUGACGUCCGCAGAUGAGGCCUACAUCACCUCACUCGCUACUACCCUGUCGCGCUGCAUCCUCCGUCCACGUGCGGAGACCUCGCUCACCAUGGAGGAGAAACAUGCCACCAGAUUGGUCCGUGAUUUGUUUGCCCACAAGGAUGCCAUCUUCAGCGAACUCAAGCGCAUGUCGACACUUAGCCACUCGUCCUCCGUCAGUAAUAACCGGCCCCGCGCCGUGAGUACGGACGAGAGCAAUCGCAAGAACUUGGUCGAGGAGCGAAACCGGGCGUUGCUGGAAAAGGCCACGGCCAGCCGUGGUCGCGCGACCAGCCCGGCCCCAGGUGCGCACCGCGGCCACCGCCGCGAUCGCAGCAGUGGUGGGCCUGAAACGCGCUUCCCUAUCCAGACCAGCCCGACCACCGGCGAGCGGCAACGGAGCAGCCUCGGCAGCGGCUUGGCCUCAGCCACAAACCGUCAAAGCCUGGAAGUUCCUGCCGACGGAUCCAUGACGCCACCUGAGACCCUCAAUGGCAGCGGCCUUGGGAUCACCAACGAGGCCACCCGUGAGCGCACCGAUAGCCUGUCCGCCAAGGGUGGCGGCACCCCAGCGAGGUUCGUCGGAGGUCGUCGGGUGCCUAACUCGCCCCCGGCCGAGGAGACUACGCGCGGCGUCACGCUCGAGGACAAGCCCAUGGACGACUAG